UGGUCCAUUGGUCAGAAAACCCUACAUAAACACCAAGAUUUUUGUGAACUCCUCCAUGCAAAGCACAGAUGCACACCUUGUCAAUGGAGAUCUCGCUCAUCCAUGCCUCGCUCUUACUUCCUCUCCUCCUCCUCCCCUUGUACUUGCUCUCCUGGCGUCAGAAGAUCCCAAGUAAUGGCCGUGGCCGUGGCAAUAAAAUCCCGAGCCCGCCCGCUCUCCCUGUCCUCGGCCACCUCCACCUCCUCAAGAAGCCGCUGCACCGCUCCCUCGCGGCCCUCGCCGCGCGAUACGGCGCCGGCCGCGACGGCGCCGGCCUUCUCCUCCUCCGGUUCGGCGCCACGCCGGUCCUGCUCGUCUCCUCCUCGUCCAUCGCCGAGGAGUGCUUUACCGUCCACGACGUCGCGCUCGCAGACCGCCCGGGCUUCGCGUCGCGGCGGGCUCUGACAGGCGGCGACUGCCCCAGCAUCGCCCUCGCCAGCUACGGCCCGCUCUGGCGCCACCUCCGCCGCAUCGCCACCGUGCACGCGCUCUCCGCUCACCGCCUCUCGCUUACGACCGCCGCGCGCGACGCCGAGGUGCGCGCCAUGGCGCGGAAGCUCUGGCUCGCUGCCGGCCCUGACGCCGCCGUGGUCAGCGUCAAGUCCACGGCGUACGAGUUCGUUGUCAACGUGGUCAUGGCCAUGGUCGCCGGGAGGCGCAUGCCGGAGGAUGAGGUGCUCCGGUUCAAGGCUAUGACAGAGGCGGCGUUAGCAGCGGCGGGGUCUGCCAACCGGCAGGAUUUCCUGCCGUUCCUGCGGCUGCUAGACUUUGGGAGGACGGGGAAGAGGCUCGCCGGCCUGGCAAAGGAGCGGCACGAGUUCGGCCAGCGCCUCGUCGACGAGUACAGACGGCUUAACGACCCUGCCAUCACCGACGAGACGUCCACGCCGGCGUCGAAGACGGUGAUCGGGGAUCUCCUGCGGCACCAGGAGCGGUCGCCGGAAUCGUACAGCGACGUGGUCGUCCGCACCGUCUGCCUGAGCCUUCUACAAGCUGGUACAGACACAUCAUCUAGCACGAUCGAGUGGGCGAUGGCUCUCCUGCUUAACAACCCGGAUGUUCUAACCAAGGCGACAAAGGAGAUUGACAAUGUCGUUGGAAUGUCACGGCUGCUCGAGGAGCGUGACCUCGCACACCUCCCUUAUCUCCGGUGUAUCAUCAUGGAGACCCUUCGGAUGUACCCCAUCACACCUCACCUCACCCCACACCAAGCUUCGAGUGACUGCAUCGUUGCUGACGGGCAGUUUGUCAUCCCGCGCGGAACGAUGGUGUUGGUCGAUAUAUACUCCAUGCAGAGGGACCCCGCCGUGUGGGAUGACCCGAACAAGUUCAAACCGGAGAGGUUUUCUGUUGGCCAAGAAAUCGGCGAGGGCGGUGGCGGAAAACAGAUGAUGAUGCCAUUUGGGAUGGGCCGACGGAAGUGUCCUGGGGAGGGGCUAGCAUGGAGGACGGUUGGGGUAGCGUUGGGUGUCAUGAUCCAGUGCUUCAGGUGGGAACGGACACAUAAAGAGAAGGUGGACAUGAGCGAGGGGUCAGGGUUCACCAUGCCCAUGGCCGUGCCGCUCGUGGCGGUGUGCCGACCUCGUGAAGAAAUGGAAGCAGUUUUCAAGAGCACAAACAAGUAGGUUAUUCCAACAUCGUGAGCUCAUUGUACCAUUGAAAGGGAAGCAAAAACAUUUCAUGGAACACACUCGAUGUGUGCGCGUAUUAUGUGAAUCAACCAAACUUAUUACUAUG